GAGACCCCCCCCCCCCGACUCCUCGCUUCCUCGGGUGCCAACGUAACCAGUACCCGGAAGUGCAGACGUCUCCGCAGUUUCUAGAGUCGUCUGUACAGCUCCCGUCGUUACUCUUUCAUUCACGCCACAAACGAUGCUUGGACUCCUGGCCUUUGGCAGAGAGAUGAAUGAGACCCAGUCCCUGUCCACGUCAAGGACUGCAGGACUGGGUGAUCAACUCUGUACCGCCGAGGAGCUGGAGGCGCGGGGGCCGGAUCGAAGGAAUCUGUCCCGGAGGGGGAACGGCCCCCGGGGCUGGCAGUCGCCUGCCCUGUAGGCGCUCCGGUGUUUGGUGAAUGGAGAGCAUUCCGGGUGGAAGAAAGGCGGCUGCCAGGAAAACGUCUCGCCGUGCAGGAUUGAGGGUGCCUAAAGAUGAAGCUGGGAAGAAGUUUGAAAAGAAAUUUCAGUCUGAGAAGGCAGCAGGCUCCGUGUCCAAGAGCACGCAGUUUGAGUAUGCCUGGUGCCUGGUGCGAAGCAAGUACAACGAUGACAUCCGGAAAGGCAUCGCCCUGCUGGAGGAGCUGCUGCCCAAAGGGAGCAAAGAGGAGCAGCGGGAUUAUGUCUUCUACCUGGCUGUGGGGAACUACCGGCUCAAGGAAUAUGAGAAGGCACUAAAGUAUGUGCGGGGCCUGCUGCAGACUGAGCCCCAGAACAACCAGGCCAAGGAACUGGAACGGCUCAUUGACAAGGCCAUGAAGAAAGAUGGACUAGUGGGCAUGGCCAUUGUUGGAGGCAUGGCCCUGGGCGUGGCGGGUCUGGCUGGACUCAUCGGACUUGCUGUGUCCAAGUCCAAAUCCUGAAUGAGACUGCACCUCCGCCUCUGCCCAGGGAUACGUGGGAGCCUAUGGAGGACACUCGAAGAGGGGGGACCCAUCCAUCCUUGCUCUUUCUUCUGCACCCCAUCACUGCCCUCUGGCGUUCAGCCUCCUUUCCCCAGAGACGUGUCCAGUAGCCCCAAACCAUGUGCUCCGGAUGAGUGUAAAUAAAACUGGGCCUUGGCUUGGGAA